AUCAACAACAAGGUAUUCAACUGAAACUUUUUUAUCCCAUUUCUGUCCUAAAUGCCGGUGAACAUGGCUGGAUGCCGCACAGACUGCGUUGAGAAGCCUUUCUCCAUUGGAUAUAAGAAUUUCGGCCGGUUCGUUGGAUUGCACCCAUGGUGGUUCUUCCUUGGACCUCUGAUCCUCUCUACUGCGCUUGGAUCUGGAUUUUACUUCCUCGAGGACCGGGAGGCCAAUGACAUUGAGGACCAAUUUACGCCAACAAACGGACCUGCAAAACUUGAGAGGCGUUUUGUGCAAGAGAACUUUCCACUGAACAACUCUGUGUUUUCCAACCAAAGACUGUAUACAGAUGGAAUAUAUGCGUCUUUCAUAGCGGUUUCUAAAGCUCCCCACAUUUUCACAGACGCCGCAAUUCAAGAAAUACUAAGUUUAGACAAGAAAGUCAAAGAAAUUAAUAUUUCCAAUGGUCAUGAACAGCUUACAUUUGAAGCACUAUGUGCCAGGAAAUACAAUAAAUGUAUCCCAAAUAAGAUCCUGGACAUUGUAAAUCAUUAUGGGAGCAAAAUUGAGGAGACUGAACUCACAUUUCCCUUUUUCCGCUUUGGUUUUACACAUAUUUUUCUGGGAUAUUCUGUUGGUGGACUCAGUUUAAGAUCGUCAGUUAUCAAAAGCGCUAAAGCAAUAAGGCUUUUGUAUUUUCUCAAAGAAGGUAACCGGUCCACAACAGACUUGUGGCUAAACGAGUUCCUCAGGGUUUUCCCCUCAAACGUUUCACUGAAAUUCAUAAAGGUUACACACUCUACAUCCCUGUCCAGGCAGGUGGAAUUUGAGGCCAACACAAAGGAUGUUAUUCCUCUAUUUUCCAUUACAUAUGUCAUCGCUAUAGCUUUUUCCAUCCUGUCUUGCUUAAGGUUUGAUUGUGUGAGGAACAAAGUAUGGGUGGCCACCUUUGGGGUGUUCUCUGCAGGUUUGGCUGUCCUGUCCGCCUUUGGGAUGAUGCUGCACAUCGGAGUACCCUUUGUAAUGACAGUGGCAAACUCACCUUUCUUGAUAUUGGGUAUUGGCGUUGAUGACAUGUUCAUUCUCAUAUCCUGCUGGCAGCAGACCAAUGUCCAUGACAGGGUGGAAGACCGUCUUGCAGACACCUAUAAAGAAGCGGCCAUUUCUAUCACCAUCACCACUCUGACAGACGUGUUGGCUUUCUACAUCGGACUCAUGACGCCCUUCCGCUCUGUGCAGUCUUUCUGUCUGUACACCAGCACGUCUAUUCUGUUCUGCUACAUCUACAGCAUCACCUUCUUCGGAGCCUUCCUAGUUCUCAACGGAAGGCGAGAAAACAGCAACAAGCAUUGGCUGACCUGCAAGGAGGUUCCAGGGGAUUGUCCCAUCGGUCGCUCGAAAUGGUACAGCUUGUGCUGUGUGGGAGGAGCCUAUGACCGCCAAACAGGCAGCGAGGAAGUGCAGCCUAUGAAUCACUUCUUUAAGAAGUACUACGGCCCUUUUCUCACCAGGUCUGGGACCAAGGUGUGUGUGAUCCUGCUGUAUGCCGUUUAUCUGAUCAUUAGUGUGUAUGGAUGCUUCCAGAUACAGGAGGGAAUUGAUCUUCGAAAUCUGGCUGCCGAUGAUUCUGGGAGUUCAAGCAAGGUGAGCACCCAGGAGAAAACAGCGGCUGAAAAUCAAGACACUGGAAACUGCCGGCCCCCCCAAAAAAGGGGGAAACCUAUUGAGCAAGACAAGACGAUCUACGAUAAUUGCUCGUUCACGCCAGACAACCACCAGAUCUGUGAAACGCGGAGUUGCCCCUCGAUGUGGACUCUAAAUGUCAACAUACCUCAGACCCAAAGUGGUCAGAUGUGCAUGAUUAGUACAGUUCCCAUGUUCACCGUUGACACCGAGACUUACGAAGUUCAGAUGUACGCUGCUGGUAAUAGCACUGAACUCUCCGUCAACUGGAACCAAAACACUGAAUGUGUUUUGAUGGUGAACAACCAGACAAUACUGCAAGAGAGUAGCAUCCCAAAACUCAUUUGCUCUAAUUCUGAAUCUAAAUGCUUAAAUUCCCUGAGAUGUCCGUGACCCUACCAGUGUUUGACUUUGGUAUGUUCGUUAACAUGAGGUGUCUUGUUAUUCAUUUAGUCGUGUCGUGAAUCAUUAUUAAUCAGUUGGUUUUAGCCGUCUAGAAAUGACACCCCAAUUUAGACUUCACUGAUGAUACGAUAGUGGAUUUUUCUUUUAAAGUCAUAUUUCUGUUGGAAUACAUGUUUUUUAACUUGAGGAAUUAAUUUACUCAAUUUCAGGCAUCAAGGUGAAUUCUUGUUUGCUGCAACACUGCCUGCAGUGUCAAUAUUUGCCAAUAUUUGCUAUAUGCCGAUAUUCUUUAUUAGUUGAGUGUACAAUUUUACCUACACUUAAAUCAUAAUUUAGUUCAUUUCAUCCCUUUUGACACUUUAACAAAGAUCUCUGAACCAAAACAUAGUUUUAAAUUCAAAUAACUAGAAUAGAGCUGCAAACAAGUGACUGAAUAUAUAACAUUUAAUACACCACGUGUGCCCAUUAUCCGUUUUCUUGAUGGAUGUUCUGGUUGUGUACCACAAGGUGGCAGUGUAGCUGCACAGCAUACAAAACAGUACAGACAGUAAAGACAGACAUAAAUAUAGUAUUAACUUUGCAUUUAUGAUUAGUUAAAAUGUUGUAUUUAUUUUCAUGUAGAUCUAAUGUUUCACAGUUGUAUGUACUAAUUUGUUCUGAAAUGCCGUGGCAUUUUAAGUGCUGUGUCUGAACAUUCGUAUCUAAUCAAAUGUGCCACUGACUGUUUAUAGUUUUCUGUGUGUUCAGAAGGUUUUCUGUAAUUGGCUGAACGUGAAACAC